AGGGGGCGGCCGCGGGGGCGGAACGUGUGAAUGCGAAAGCGAAAGUGAAGGUGCGGAGCUGAGCUGCUUGCAGGAAGGGGCGGUCGGCGAGGCUGUUUUCCGCUUCUUCUGUUCGGAUUCUUUCCCUCCCUGCCUCAACAAGACCCCCCCGACAACGCCACGAUGGCCAAAUCCUGCACCAUCCAAGUCAGCAAGGAGUCCCGUGAAAAGAUGGCUGUUUUCAGAGCGUCCCUUUUGCAAGAGGGCGAAGAAUUUCUGUGCUCGUUUUUGCCCAGGAAAAUACUGCAAUUGGAUCAGUUCCUCAAGGAAGGGGCGCUGAACGUUAAAGAUUUGACCACCCUCCGUGCCCCGCUGGACAUCCCCAUUCCAGACCCCCCUCCCAAAGAUGAUGAGAUGGAGACAGAGAAGGACAAGGACAAGGAAGCUCCGAAAUGCGGCUACCUUAAGUCCAACGAAGCAAUCAUUUCGCUUUUGGAUCGCGUCAAACCCGAAGUCCGGGAGUUCAAAGAGAAAUGCCUACUGGUGACAACCUGGAUUCAGUACAUGAUUCCCAAAAUUGAGGACGGCAACGAUUUUGGCGUGGCAGUUCAGGAGAAGGUUCUCGAACGGAUCACAGCCCUGAAGACCAAGGCAGAGGCUUUCCAGACCACUAUUGCCAAGUACUUUUUAGAGCGUGGAGAUGCCGUCGCAAAGGCUUCCAAGGAUACCCAUGUGAUGGAUUACCGGUGUCUCGUUCAUGAGCGGGAUGAGGCCGUGUACAGGGAAAUCCAGAUGAUGUUGCUCGAUAUCCGUGGGUUCUAUGCUGAGCUCUAUCACAUCUUGAGCAAAAACCUGGAGAAACUGACCAACCCCAAAGGUGAAGAGAAGCCAUCCAUGUAUUGAUUCUGGAAUCUGUGACAACCACCUCUGCCAACUUCUCCUAUCUUUCUUUGGGUGUUUUGCUGUCAUGGGGAAAGCAGAGCAAUAUGGGGUAAAAAGAAAAGGAUUUUUUGGGAAUGGGGAGAGAGUCUAAAAGUGGAUUCACAAAUGUCUAUGGCUGAGUAUGAAUAAUGCCUUAAUGUGUGGCCUUUUCUUUCUUACAAAAGUUCUGUGAAAUGAAACAUAAUAAGAGCUGGAGAAAUCCAAGUUUUCACUAGCUAUGUUUUUUUUAAUUGCUUGAAUCUAGAACCACUGUGAACCCUCUCACUUUAGCACAGCCACCACCAAGCUGGUUUCCCUCCAGAUCUUGUGAACUACAACUCCCAUCACCCACUACAAACGUGCUGCCUGAGGCUGAUGGGAGUUGUAGUCCAAAAGGUCUGGAGAGCACCAAGUUCUCGCUUUGUAAUCAGAUUAAUUCAGCCUGCUCCAGCCUCUGUUAAGAUCAUCACACUCAUCUAAGAAAUCCAUACAGCACAGACUUUAAACAAUAUUUUUCAUUUUUGUGCUCUGAAUUUCUGUGCCUGGCGGCUGUUUUCUGCCAUUUGAAAGCUUGUGAUACUUUGGAAAUAACUACUUUGUCUCAUAAUAAUAAUAAUAAAAACAUGUCUUGUUUA